CUUUGCUGUCAUUUUUCAGGCUGUGAAUUGGACUUUGGCAGUACCCACAACAGUGACCCACUCCACCAUGAAUAACUACAGCGUGUCCUUGAUCGGACCUUCACCCUGGGGCUUCAGACUACAGGGUGGCAAGGACUUCAGCAUGCCUCUCACCAUCUCCAGACUGACAGAAGGAGGAAAGGCAGCAAAAGCUAAGAUCAGUGUCGGGGACGUCGUGCUGUCUAUCGACGGCAUCGCCACAGAGGGAAUGACACACCUGGAAGCCCAGAAUAAAAUCAAAGCCUGUACGGGAAACCUGAACCUCUCAGUGCUGAGAUCUUCCAGCGUCACUAAAACGGACACCCCCAAGGAGGAACCGCUGGAGAUCAUAAAGCCCGUGCCCAUCAGCAGCCCCGCCAGCCUCGCCCCGGGCAGCAGCGCCUACAAUAAGACGGCGCGGCCCUUCGGCGGGACCGCUAGCACCGUCAGAUCCGUCAGUCCGUCCCCGGCCGCACCCAAAGCCUCCAUCCCCUCCGCCUCCUCUGCGUUCACCCCAGCUGCUCCAUUCCAGCAGUCUCCUCAGCCUCCCUUCCCGCUGGGCGCCAGCCGCGCGCUGUCCUCUCCAAGGUCCGCCCCCAAACCCGCCUCUGGCCACUCCCCCUUUGCUAACUCCUCCUCCGCAUCCUCCUCUGGCUCCUCCUCCCCGGCGAGAGUGACGGCUCCGCCCCCGGCCCCCGCUGCUCCUCUUCCGUCCGUCUAUAACACGCCCAUCAACCUCUACUCCAAUGAGAACGCGUGCGAGGUGGCCAUGGGCCAGAGACGCGGCCUGCUGGAGAGCAAUGCCACAGGGGAACAGCACAACGGGAGGAGCCCAUGACAAAGUUAGUGUACUAGAUGCUGUAGUGUUCUGUCUGUGUUCUGUCACCAUCACUAACCCAGCGAACACUCACCAUCAUCUCUUUCUCAGACUCCUGUGCUCCUAAAGCUCUUUCCAUUGUGUCAGAGGGCUUUGAUCAUGUCCGCAUGUGCUGCUGUCAGUCAUCAUGUGUUCGCGGUUAUUCCCGGCUGUCAGCUGUAUAAAUAGCAGCAGUGACAUUUACCCCCACACCUAUUGUCACAGAGCAGAGGGACGAGAGAGAUUCCAAGAGAGCCGUUUAUCAGAAUGACCAGGGGAUGGUGGAGCCAUCUAGUGGUGAUAGUUGACAUUGUCCAAACAAAAACUGAUUCAUGAUGCACUCAGCAAUGUGGCCUUAUUAAAAUAAAACGAAUUAAAAUGUUUCAA